AUGCCGCUGAUGUACACAGUUCAGCUCAAACAAGAGCAGGCCCAUGAUGACAGCAUAUGGAGUGUAGCAUGGGCAAAGAGUGAAAAAGAUGGUUCUGAUAUUAUUGCUACUGGAUCUGUGGAUGAUUAUGUGAAAAUAUGGAAAUGGGAGAAUGAACAGCUUGAUUUGAGGUACUCAUUGGAAGGUCAUCAGCUUGGUGUGGUCUCGGUGGAUAUCAACCAAACUGGCACAAUUGCCGCUUCCAGCUCUUUAGACAGCCAUAUAAGACUAUGGGAUUUAGAAAGUGGCAAACAGUUGAAAACUAUGGAUGCUGGUCCUGUAGAUGCAUGGACGAUAGCAUUCUCACCAGAUUGUAAAUAUCUGGCUACAGGAAGCCAUACUGGAAAAAUUAAUUUAUUUGGUGUAGAGAGUGGUAGGAAAGAAAGUGCCUUGGACACCAGGGGGAAAUUCACAUUAAGUAUUGCAUAUAGUCCAGAUGGUAAAUACAUAGCCAGUGGGGCCAUAGAUGGUAUUGUAAAUAUAUUUGAUAUACACACUGGAAAAUUACUUCACACACUGGAAGGUCAUGCUAUGCCAAUUAGAUCACUGUGUUUCUCACCAGAUUCCCAAUUACUAGCAACAGCCUCAGAUGAUGGACAUAUUAAAAUAUAUGAUGUACAACAUGCUAAUUUAGCAGGUACCCUGUCAGGACAUGGAUCGUGGGUUUUAAGUGUUAAUUUCAGUCCAGAUAACACACAUUUUGUCUCCAGUUCAUCAGAUAAAUCAGUCAAAAUAUGGGAUGCUGGUACAAGACAGUGCAUAGCAACAUUUUAUGAUCAUUAUGACCAGGUUUGGCAAGCAAAGUACAACGGUAACGGAUCAAAGAUUGUAUCAGUUUCAGACGACAGAGCAAUACAUAUUUAUGACUGUCCACUGUAGAGUUUACAAAGCUACGUCAGACAAAGGGAGAGGGGUGGGGUGAAUGGAAGUGGACUGUUAUUCACCAGUUUGAACAUGAAAAGGAAAUUAUAUUUCUAUACUUCCAUGUGCUUACUUGGCUUACUUGUCUUACAUAUACCUCCCAUAGCAACUAUAAGUUAUAGUUCUGACAGAUUGCUGUGAUUACUAUUUUCCAUUUUUUUUGAAGGAAAAAUGUCCCUGAACAUUAUUUAAAUUUUCCUAUUCCAGUUAAGAAUCAGGUUUUGAAAUAAACAGCCAUCAUAUACAUGAAGACAGAUUUGUUUUGACAUUUAGAGAGGCUUUGGCUUGACAAAACAGUUAAAGCCGAGUGAGAGAUCGAUUGUUAUUUAUACAACAAAUUUUACGGUCUACUUCAUUUCACUAUCACCAUCCCUAGUAAAGACAAUAUAAUGAUUUAAAGAGACACCAGAACAAAGCUUGGGGGAAGGGGGCAUACUUUAAAUGUUUUCUUUACCAAAUAAAAUGUACAUAAAUUUGUUUUUUUUUUCCUAUUCAAGAUUUAAUAAAUAAUGUGUGUAC